ACCUCCUUCCCUUCUUCAAACAAUUCUCCAACAUUCAAAGCUACACAUAAUUUUAGAUACCUUCCUUUUUUUCUGAUCAGGAUUCAAAGUUGAAACCCUAGAUCAGUUUUAGUUUCCUACUUUUAAUUCAUAUAUAUAUAUAUAUAUAUAGAGAGAGAGCAACAAUGGGAAAUAGCUUAAGGUGCUGUUUGGCUUGUAUUCUUCCAUGUGGGGCACUAGACUUGAUUCGAAUAGUGCAUUUGAACGGUUAUGUGGAAGAGAUUACACGUUCAAUCACGGCUGGAGAGGUUCUCAAAGCAAACCCUAACCAUGUUCUUAGCAAACCCAGCUCUCAAGGAGUUGUUCGCCGGAUUUUGAUCCUCUCGCCGGAGACCGAGCUCAAAAGGGGCAGCAUCUACUUCUUGAUCCCGGAAUCUUCGCUGCCGGAGAAUAAACGACACGCCGGAAAAGGAAGCAUUGGCGGUGACGGUGGUAUGAAAAAGAAAGCAUCGACGAUGAAGAACAACAAGGGUGAUGGUGAUGAUUUUCCAUCACGAUCACGCAAAGCUUCUCACAAAGAGAAAAAAUCGGCAUGCCGUGAUCGCCGAAAAGGUCGCAUUGGAAUAUGGAAACCUCAUUUGGAGAGUAUAUCAGAAGACUAGUCCGUUUUGUGUUAUCCGCCGGUGGCCGGAAUCCAACAUCGCCGGAAAAAAAAAGAGAAAAAAAUGUUCAGUUAUUAAAAUAUAUAGGAACAGAAACUUUUUCUCCUUGUUUUAUAAAUGUAUGUGGGAAUUUGAUCUUGUGGAUAAAAAAUUUACCUUGCUUU